CUGAUAAACACGUAUGUGAGCAACUGCUGAAAACGAAUGAGUAGAAACAGCGUUUCCUGAUUAUGCGUCGCAAAUAUAGUAAAAAUCUCCCACUUGUGAUUUUUUGGUUGCGGUGAGUGUAAGUUAUUGCAUACAGACAAUUGCACCAAAAGUUGUGCAGCUAUGAGUACAGAGAAAGUCAUGGGCCAGAGCCCCUUUGCCAUGGUGAGACACCUGACAGCAAGUGUAGGUGCACAACCGGCCGCGGUGGCUUACGCGAUGACAACUGUUGGUGCGAGCAUGAUGAACAGCAUAUUCAGCUUCUAUUAUGUCAAGCUCUUUCUAAACAAGUACGGGAUCUCAGAGGGAGCCUUCCACCAAUCCCAAGUAGUCUACAUGAUCUGGAAUGCGGUGAACGACCCCUUGUUUGGAUACCUGCAGGACAACUCUCGCAUGCCGUGCUGCUCUCACAGACGCCUCUCCAUCCUCUACGGCGCCCCCUUCUACGCACUCUCUUUCCUGCUCGCUUGGUUCCCGUGGCGGGCCUACCAGUCCGGUGACUGGCUCAGCGGCUUGCACCUGACGGUGACCCUGUGCGCCUUCGACGGGAUGCUGACCUUUGUCCUGCUGGCCCAGUGCGCCCUGUUCGCCGAGAUCUCGGCCCACCACCAGAGCCGGCUCCGCCUGAUCCAGUACAGCCAGGUGGCGUCGCUGGUGGGCUCGUCCAGCGUGCUCUUCUGCGGCCUCGUCUCGAGCAACAUGGAGGACUUUGGCGCCUUCCAGGCCUUCUGCGUGAUGGUGGCCGUGCUGGGCGCCGGCUGCAUGUUCUACACAGGCCUGAACAGCGAGAGCCGGUUUGACAGCAAGACCCCAUCCUCCUCUUACUCUUCCUCCUCCUCCUCCUCCCCCUCCUCUGAGUCUCAGCUCUCCUUUUCCUCUGUGAUCUCCAUGACGUGGCAGAUCCUCACCUACCGAGACUUCCAGCUCUUCGUGCUCAUGAACUUCUUCCAGGUCUUCAUGGUGGCCUUCUGCAACAACUUCACCAUGAUCUUCGCCGAGCACCUCAUCCCACCUGAUGUGCUGCCCUCGUUGGCCAAGAGCCUCAUGUAUGGCGCAGGCUUCAUCUGCCCCCAGAUCCUGGUCCUGAGCAGCCAGAGGCUGCUGCAGAGCGUUGGCUACUACCGGCUGAUCCUGCUGGCCUUUCAGGUGGAGGUCGUGGGCGCCGUUAUCAUGCUGCUGCUGGGCCGACACCACUAUUAUCUACUGGCCAUCUUUCUCACUGCCAACAUGGUUUUGGUUCAGGCUGCCUUCAGUCUCUUUAAUUUACCUCUGGCAGACAUCAUCGACUCUGAUCUCCAGAGAUACAAACGCAGCACCCCUUUGUCCUCCAUGGUCUUUGGGACCAACGCUUUGUUCACUAAACCUGCACAGUCAUUGGCUCCCAUGCUGGUCGUCUCUGUUCUGAACCAGUAUGGCUACGCAAGUCUGAAAGAGUCCACGCAGGCCACAGAUCCCAGUGUUCUGCAGCCUUUACAUGGAGCCAUGUUCUACCUGGUGUGUUUGGUGCCUCUCUGUGUCUCUGCACUGCAAGUGCUGGCAUGGCAGCCGUUCUCCAUCAGAAACAGUCACACUGUUGACUCCAAGUACAUCGAUAGCUGAUAUGCCGAAUAGCACUCCAUUCCAUUUGUUGUGUUUGACCUAUGGGCAGAAUAUGCACUGGAAGCUGUACAGUGGAAAUGUUCACUGGAUGAAUGUAUUACAACAGAGGACUAUAAUAUGCUUUUAAGGAUCUGUUGAGAUGUGAUGGGUUUUAUAUCUUCCUUAUGGUGGCAGUUGAAGUUUUGUUUACUCUGUCUUUUCUUUAAUAUGGGGAGCCUUAAAAUGGCCCAGUCAGUGAGUGCUUUAACUGGUGCUUUGGCCCUUCACCAUUGGGAUUUUCAGUGUUUGACAAUAACUGUUCCAAAGGGAUAGGUUUCAUCUUUACCCACUGAAAGUCACACACAUGAAAGAGCUAAGAAGUGGCGUUAGCUACCCUAGUAGCUGCAGUCCACAAAUUAACAUUCCAAAAUCACACAAUCGAGUUAAUGCUGAUGGAACCUUUGGUAUAGAAUGGUGCAUGAUUUUUUUCAGACGUGGGCCAAAGUUUGAAACAUGCCAGUGUUUGCUAAAUUUGGAAUAUUUGUUUUAACUCAUUGACUUUCAAUUUCACUCAUAACUUGGCCUUGCCUUGAGAGUAGAACAUCACAUUGGGUUUUAACCCAAUGAUUGCACACAUUUCACACACAAGUGUCUUAAUGAUUCCUACGGGCCAUCUUAAAUGAAGAUUGCUACUAAAGUUACUGCCAGCUGUGCAAAAUCCAUGAACUACUGUAUAACGACAGCUGAAAAACAAACACUGUGCUGAUAAAAAGAAGAGUUAAGUUGUAACCUAUAUAUGGUUUGUGUGCUUAGAUAUAUUUUAAAGGAUUUUUCUUUUCUUUUUAUCAGUUGUGUAAGGCUGAUUUGUCAUCAGAUGUUUUGCAGGACUCUUAACAGGAUGGCUAUUGUAUGAGAUUUCAGCCGAAAUUUUGGUAUAGAGGCCAGUGCUUACUUGAAUGACUCGUUUCUCAUAUUCAUGAAUUAUUUUGUAUUUUGUCAUUGUUAAACUCUUUCCUGACAUUCAGAGGGUCUGUCUGUAUAAAGAAUGAAUUAUGAA